UAAACGUUUUUGCUUUUCAGCUUUGUCACAGAAGGAGAGGAAGCCAUGGUGUGCAUCCCUUGUAUUGUCAUUCCGGUUCUUCUGUGGGUCUACAAGAAAUUCCUUGAGCCCUACAUCUAUCCUGUUAUUGCUCCUUUCAUUAAGCGUGUGUGGUCCAAGAGAGCUGUGCAAGAAACAGCCACCAAACAAGGCCAAGGAGGGAGUGCUGGAAAUCCACAGGCACCUUCAGCCUCACAGAGAGAUAAGGGGGAUGAACCUGGAACUUACAGGUUUGAAAGCAAUGGGGUUGCAAAUGGAAUUUCUGCAAAGGGAUCAACAGAAGUGUCUGACAAGAAAGCAGAUUAGAGGAAUUCAUUCCUACGGAUUUCAUUCCCCUUGUGUCCAACAUGAACUGGUGAUUUGCUAUUUCUCACACUGAGAUUUUGUUCUUUGCACAUUUCAGCUGAAUAAAACCCCUUACCACUUACAGGAGAGGAUCUCUUUUGCCGCUACAAUGGCAGCUAGCAAAUUUCUUAUAUGAAAUGUUUGAAAACUGUAUUAAGUUAUUCUUUGUUUUUGUCGCCACAUUGCAUCUAUAAUCUAUUUGAAAUGAUUAGAGAUUAGAUUAAAUAGUUUGUGGAUAAGUCUAGCUAAAUGUGUUGCUGCUUAGUUUUGCUCGCUGUGAGUGCAAAUUUCAGGCUUCCACUUGAAAACUGUAACCUUGGCCUAGUUAAAGAACUACUAAUUUCAUUGUGGCAAUAUAAAUAUUAUGGUCAAAAUUAUGAAGAGUAGAGCCUGCCAUGUGAAAUUUGUGGAUGAGCUAAAGGAGUAAUGCUGUGUGCAAAGUUUACUUAGCUUACUAGAAAUAGAAGGUCUUGAUUUGAUAUUUUCAGUCAUUUUUUCUUUAACUUUUUACCUUUCAUUCCUGAAAAGGAUCAGCAAAGACAUGAUGCAAGAGAAUUGCUGCUUUAUACUCUGUUGUAGUGAUUUCAAAUGAUACAUGUCUAUCUUUCAGGAAAAAAAAAAAGACUAAAAUCUCUUUCAAUAUGCUUGUGUAAUUUGAAUUGUAAUAAAGCAGGACUUUAUUUAACAAUUA